AUGUCGUCUGACGUCGGACUACGGUUUCCCGUGUGGGACCUGACUCUUAGCAAAUAUGAAGAAAUCGACAACCUACCCCUAAUGUCGACGCCAGGACCUAUAUUGAUGAUUUUGGCUGCAUAUUUAUUAUUCGUAAUGAAGGUUGGACCUGCUCUAAUGCAUAAAAGAGAACCUUUCAAAAUGACCUCUGGACUAGUGCUAUAUAAUGCACUCCAAGUUAUAUUAUCCGCCUAUAUGGUACAAAAAUACUUCCGACACUUAUUGAAUAAUGGCAUAACACCAAGAACAUGCAAUAUUGAAACUGACAGUCAAAGAAAAGAGAUAUUAUUUUCGAUAUGGCUAUAUUUUGCUGCGAAAGUCUCCGAAUUAUUUGACACAGUAUUUUUCGUGUUAAGAAAGAAAUAUAAUCAAGUGACAUUCCUCCACCUCUAUCACCACUCUAUUAUGAUGAUAGGAACAUGGGCCUAUUUGAAGUACUGGCCCUCAGAAACUCUCUUCUUCAUCGGCUUCUUCAACUCCUUGGUCCAUGUUUUCAUGUACACAUAUUACGGACUUGCAGCAUUAGGACCGUCUGUUGCUAAAUAUAUCUUCUGGAAGAAAUAUAUGACUAAAUUUCAGUUGGUACAGUUUGUGUGCAUCAUAAUUCAUUAUAUAGUCGCUGUUAAUCGUUCUGAAUGCCCACCAUCAAGAGGGGUAGCUACCUUUAUAGGUUGUAACACAGCUUUUUUCUUAUGUCUCUUCUUACAUUUUUACAGACAAAGCUAUAUAAACCGUAACAAAAAUAGUACAGCAAAUGGAAUUGUCAGUAAAACUAGUGAGAAGAAAGCA